AUGGCGUGUUCGACCCGCUUCGGACUGGAGACUAUGAAGCGCACAGUACCGCGCAGGAGACACGUGCAUCCUUGCCUUACAAGCUCAAUACAACAGAAAACUCGAAAUCCUGCGAGACCACAACGGCGUUGGGUGUCAGACGGGUCACGUCCUCCUGUUCCACCUGGGAGCCAGGCACCGAGCGGGGUCUACGCACCUCGGACAAGGCUAGCCGUUGGCGUCGUCUUCAUCGGUGCACUCAUCUACUCAAUGAUGACCGGCGACAAACCACCCUCUUCUACCGACCCUUCCAUACCAGCAGCGCCAGCCACACCGCCUCCCCGUUCUGGUCAGCAGCUAGACUCGCCAACGAUCGCAGAACGGGACAGCCUAAGUAAGCGCGAAUCCGGCGUGACAGCCGCCUCCCCUAUGCGUCUCCGAAUGGAAGCAUUCAUUAAGGAGAACCAGCAGGAGAUCGUUCGCGCCCUUGAAGCCGUCGACGGCAAACGCUUUCAAGUCGACAAAUGGGAUCGACCCAACGGCGGAGGCGGAAUCAGCUGCGUGCUCCAAGACGGCAAUGUUUUUGAAAAGGCGGGCGUCAAUAUUAGCGUAGUCUACGGUAGCUUACCGCGAGCGGCGAUCAGUAAGAUGCGCGUCAACCACAAGGCCUUGGAUCCGGACGUGGAGAGCCUCGAGUUCUUCGCCGCAGGACUGAGUCUCGUGCUACAUCCGCACAACCCUAUGGCGCCGACUGUGCACUUGAAUUACCGGUACUUCGAGACGGCCAACAAAGACGGUAGCACAAACGCUUGGUGGUACGGAGGCGGCACGGAUCUUACACCGAGUUAUCUGUUCGACGAAGAUGUAAUUCACUUCCACCGCUCCAUCAAAGAAGCUUGUGAUGCACACGACAAGGACUAUUAUUCGCGCUUCAAGAAGUGGUGCGAUGAGUACUUCAACAUCAAACACCGCAACGAGUCUCGGGGCGUAGGCGGCAUCUUCUUCGAUGACUUGGACGACACCGAGAAAGACCAGGAAUCUCUGUUCGCCUUUGUGCAGUCCUGUUUGGGAGCUUUCCUACCCUCCUACCUUCCAAUUCUGCAAAGGCGGAAGGACAUGCCGUACACCGAGCGCGAAAAGCAGUGGCAGCAAUUGAGGAGAGGACGCUAUGUAGAGUUCAACCUCGUCCAUGAUAGAGGGACGGCGUUUGGACUAAAUACGCCUGGUGCGCGCAUCGAGAGCAUAUUAAUGAGCUUGCCACUUACGGCACGGUGGCAGUAUCAGCAUGAGCCCGAAAAGGGUAGUCGCGAGGAGAGGCUGCUGGCUGUGCUGAAGAAGGCUGUCGACUGGAGCAGACACCAGACAGGUUCGCUUGUCAGGGCAAUGAGCUCCCACCCGGCCCCGUCGCACGCUGCAGGGUUGAAGUUUGUAUGCGAGCGGGCCAACAGCGGAGCGUUUCCUCGCCUGCGCAUCCUUGAACUCAGUACUUUUCCCGCUCAGAUAGCUGCAACGUGGGUACAAUUGCAGCUCCCUGAUUACUGGCCUGCAACAAGCAGGCUCAACAUCGCCAACAUUCCCUUCGGCAACAUCACACGUCGGCACGUUAUACCGCUACACUCCCUCCCGGGAUCGACCCAACGCGGAAGGCACAGCGAGGAAAGCUUCGACGAGAAGGUCGAAGACCACCAGCGCCUACGGCGCUCCGGCAGCGACGACGACGGCUCCGACUUCUCUCUCUGGAGUGAUACCGGCGACCUUGUCGACCAGCUAGCCGAGGCCGAGGAUCCGCUCGCAGUCCGCCUGCACGAGUACCCAAGCGAUCACGCACGGGGCCGAAGUCACCACAAGAAAGUCCGCUACGCUAACGGGACUGCCAGCCAAGAGAAGCCGCACCGUCACGGGCAGCAGCAUACUGGCGUCGUUAAGAGGAAAGAGGACAUCCGCAUACCCUCUCCGCCGCCGAAACCGCUCGGGUGGGCCCAGAAGCUCCUUGCGGCUCUCAUCAUGCCUAAUGAUGGGCCCUCACGUAUGCAUGGCCUGCACGGCAAGAAGCUCAUCUACUUCCUCUCCAUCUUCGUCUCGCUUGGCGUCUUCCUGUUCGGCUACGACCAAGGCGUCAUGUCCGGCAUCAUCACCGGCCCGUACUUUAAAGACUACUUCAAUCAGCCUUCGAGGGCGGAGAUCGGGACUAUGGUAGCUAUAUUAGAGGCCGGUGCACUCGUGUCGUCAUUGGUGGUGGGACGAAUAGGCGAUAUCAUUGGCCGGCGGAAGACCAUACUGUAUGGCGCUGGAGUUUUCGUGAUUGGAGGCGCCUGUCAGACCUUCUCGACGGGUAUGCCAAUGAUGAUGUUGGGACGCGUGGUGGCAGGUUUGGGCGUUGGUGCGUUGAGCACGAUCGUGCCGGUAUAUCAAAGCGAGAUCAGUCCGCCGCAUAACCGUGGCAAGCUGGCGUGCAUUGAGUUCUCAGGCAACAUAUUCGGGUACAUGUGCAGCGUGUGGGUGGACUACUUUUGCAGCUUCAUCAUGAGCGACUGGGCGUGGCGCAUACCGUUACUGAUGCAAGUGGUGAUUGGCUGCUUGCUUAUUGUUGGAAGCUUUCUCAUCGUUGAAUCGCCACGAUGGCUUUUGGACAAUGACCAUGACGAGGAAGGCAUUGUCGUUAUUGCGAAUCUCUACGGGAAGGGCGACAUACACAACCCGAAGGCUCGAGACGAAUAUCGCGAGAUCAAAAUGAACGUGCUUUUACAGCGACAAGAAGGCGAGAGAUCUUAUUACGACAUGUUCCGACGAUACUACAAGCGCGUCUUCAUCGCCAUGUCGGCGCAAGCUCUGGCCCAACUCAACGGAAUCAACGUCAUCUCAUACUACGCUCCGCUCGUUUUCGAACAAGCUGGAUGGGUGGGCCGAGAUGCCAUUCUCAUGACCGGAAUUAACGGACUGACUUACCUUGCCUCGACUGUACCGCCUUGGUAUGUCGUUGACCGCCUUGGCCGCCGAUUCAUUCUGCUUUCCGGCGCAGUCGCUAUGGUCAUAUCACUUUCCGCCAUUUCCUACUUCAUCUACGUCGACAUUCAGCUAACGCCUACGCUGGUUGUCGUCUUCGUCAUGAUCUACAACGCAGCAUUUGGCUACUCUUGGGGUCCAAUCCCAUGGCUAUACCCGCCGGAGAUUCUUCCUUUGAGCAUCCGAGCGAAGGGUGCUAGCUUGUCGACAGCCGCAAACUGGGCGUUCAACUGGCUGGUGGGGGAGAUGACGCCGAUAUUGCAGGAGGCGAUCAAGUGGCGCUUGUACCUUGUUCACGCUUUCUUCUGCGCUGUGUCUUUCGUUGUUGUCUGGUUCAUCUACCCUGAAACAGCCAAUGUCCGACUUGAAGACAUGAACUCCAUCUUUGGAGAUGCCACGACCGCGGCACCAACACCGCAGACUAUCGCAGAAGCCGAGUCGCUCUUCAGCGGCAACCGGUCGCCCGUACCGUCGUUCCGUCUCGGCGACCAAGGCGAGCCGAUACCGGAAGACAUGGAGCAGCUUCAGCCUCCUGACGUCGAAAUCCAAGAUGGUAAGCCUAUGCUCAGCAAAGACAAUGAGCAGGGUGAGGGCGUUGCCGGUUGGAUUAGCAGUAUGGUCAAACGAACGAAAGGGGAGGAGCCCAACGGCAGCGGCAGUGGCAAGUACAAGUCGGUCGGUCAGGACGACAAUGAGGCCUAG